CAACUGAUCCGUUUAGCUCACUGUAAAAUUCACACUUUGAAAUUCCUCUGAAACUAUUGCAAGUCUGAGUAUGGAUGACAAAGGAACUGACGAGACCGAAGUUGAGAUACCAACUGAGGGACUUAGUGCGCACUCAGCACAUGUCAUUCAUCGUGAGCGACUGGAGAGAGUGAAGCGUCAGGGUAGAGAGAGAAGAAAACAGGAAGAAAAGAGGAAAAAAGAGGAACAAAAGAAGAAUCUAGAGAACCCUGAAUCCUCGGAGAGUGAUGAUGAGGAUGAUGCUUAUUUGAUAGAACAGCUUACUAAAAUGGGUAUUACUGUGAAUAAACCAGAGCCUCCUGAAGGUUCUGGUCUUGUGUACGAUGAUAGAAUGGCCACAUUCCACUGUUUAUGGGAUCCAGCCUUCGCGGAGAAACCUGAACGAAUAACAGAGGCAUUUGCUCGAUGCUCCGAGCUCAGACUUGUAGAAAGAUGCAUGAGAAUUGAGGCCCAGUAUGGAACAGAGGACCAAGUGUUACUUCUUCACACAGAAGCUCAUUUGGAAAAAUUGAAAGAAACUGUGGACAUGUCUAGAGAGGCACUUAAGAAACUUUCAGCUAAAUAUGACUCGAUAUACUUACACCAGGCGACAUACGAAGCCUCCCUGCUGGCUCUGGGAAGCACUGUGGAGCUGAUGGAACAAAUUCUUAAGAAAAAGGUGAGAAAUGGACUGGCUAUCAUUAGGCCUCCAGGUCAUCAUGCUAUGACUGAAGAGUUCUGUGGCUACUGUUUCAUUAACCAAGUGGCUAUUGCUGCCAAGCAUGCAGUAGAUAAUCUCGGACUAAAAAGGGUGCUGAUUGUGGACUGGGAUGUCCAUCACGGUCAAGCCACACAACAGAUGUUCUAUGAUGACCCAAGAGUACUGUACUUUUCAAUCCACCGGUAUGAAUAUGGAAAGUACUGGCCUAACCUUCGAGAAUCUGACUACGACUUUAUUGGGGAGGGAAAUGGUAAGGGGUACAACGUUAAUGUACCCCUAAAUAAGGUUCACAUGAAUGACACUGACUACCUAGCGAUAUUUCACCAGAUUCUUAUGCCGUUAGCUCAUCAGUUCAGCCCUGACCUAGUUUUGGUGUCUAGCGGGUAUGAUGCAGCGAUUGGAUGUCCAGAGGGUGAAAUGCGUGUUAGUCCAGUAGCGUACGCCCACAUGACACACAUGUUGAUGUCGCUCGCUGAGGGACGUGUCUGUAUAUGUUUGGAGGGUGGUUACUGUAUAAAGUCUCUGUCUGAGGCUGUUGCCUUAACACUGAGAACACUACUGGGGGACCCUUGUCCUAUCUUACCUGCCAUGGGGGAUCCUUGCCACAGUAUAACGUCUACUAUCCUCAAUGUGAUCAAAGUUCUACGUCCAUACUGGAGCUGCUUCAGCUACCAGACAGAGCUUACGUGGGAAGAGUUAUGUCCCUUUGAAGAUGUUAAUGAAAUGCCUCCAAAGCCAGACAUGCCAUUUGUCACAGACGAGAACAGACCCAAGGAGUUCCCAAUCAUGUAUGAGUUUGAGGAAGGAGUCGAGGAGGAAUAUAUCAUACAACACAAAUUUGACCCAGUCAUCGAUCAGCUGAUUGCAGAGACCUCAUUAGUUACACCCCCAAACAAGACCUGUAUAGUGUAUGAUGAAGGUAUGCGAGCCCAUCAUGCUAUCACAUUCAGAGCACAUCCCGAGGAUCCAGAUCGUGUCACCAGUAUAUUUGACAAACAUGCAGAGUGGGGCUUGCUGGAUAGGUGUUUACGUGUUCAGUCUCGGCUAGCUACAGACGGAGAAAUACAGACAAUACACAGUGCCGCCUAUAUAGAACAGAUGCAGGCAUCAGCAGAGUUAUCUCCCAUGGACCUUAGAAAUUUGCAACACAGAUUCAGUUCUAUCUAUAUGUGUCCUGAAACCAAUGUUUGUGCCAGAAUGGCAACAGGAUGUGUUCUCAGUGUGACAGAUUCGGUGUUGUCAGGGCAGUCUAACAGUGGUGUCGCUGUUGUGAGGCCUCCAGGUCAUCAUGCUGAAUGUACCAAAGCUAUGGGAUUCUGUUUCUUCAACAGUGUGGCUGUUGCAGCCAAGUAUGCUCAAAAUAAAUUUGGACUAAAACGGGUGUUAAUUGUGGACUGGGAUGUUCACCAUGGAAACGGAACCCAGCACAGUCUAUAUGAGGAUCCAAGCAUCCUCUUCAUCUCCUUACACCGAUAUGAUCAUGGGUCUUUCUAUCCGACUACCUCGGACGGAAAUCAUGAUAUGACGGGAUCUGGGGACGGAAAUGGAUACAAUGUCAACAUACCAUUUAAUGAGGGUCCUAAAGGUGAUGCUGAGUAUAUAGCUGCCUUCCAGCAAAUUGUUAUGCCCAUUGCUUAUGAGUUUGCUCCUGAACUUGUCCUCGUGUCAGCUGGGUUUGAUGCUGCUUUAGGAGAUCCAUUGGGUGGAUAUCAUGUCACACCUGCUGGUUAUGGUCACAUGACCCACAUGCUAUCAUCACUGGCCAAUGGGAGAGUGAUUAUUGUCUUGGAGGGAGGGUACAAUCUGACGUCUAUAGCAAACAGUAUGGCCACAUGUACCUCUAUGCUGCUUGGUGAUCCGUGUCCAUAUUUACCUUACCAACAACCCCAGGAAAGUGCUGUUAAGAGUAUAAACAAUACCCUGGAUUCUCAUAAACAGUUCUGGAAAUGUCUUAAGUUCAGAGUGGCAAUACCAGAUAUAAGGUCUAAAGCAGAGGAAGAAGAAAGCCAGCCUGUCAGUCAGGAAGCCACAUGCACAGGAUUGGAAGCCUUCUAUGUGGCCCAGCAGUGGAAAUAG